AUGCUCCGGCGCAUCCGCGGCACAGACGACAUCUUCGAGGAGUACGGCGACCUCGUGGCGGCCAGCGAGGAGUCGAAGCUAGUCAAGCAUCCUUGGGCUAACAUCAUCCAGAGGAAAUAUCGCCCGCAGCUCAUUAUGGCCAUUCUCAUCCCCUUCUUCCAACAGCUGACCGGUAUCAAUGUGAUAAUGUUCUACGCCGCAGUACUUUUCAAGACGAUGGCUUUCGGCGACGAUUCUUCUCUCAUGUCCGCCGUGAUUACUGGGAUUGUAAACUUGUUUGCCACCUUCGUUUCCUUCUUCACCGUCGAUAAGCUCGGCCGAAGGAAGCUCCUCUUGGAGGGUGGACUUCAAAUGUUCAUUAGUCAGAUUGUUAUAGGAAUUUUAAUGGCAAUCAAGCUGGAACUACUGGAGAGGGGCACUUUUCAAAGACCUACUCAACUUUACUGGUCAUCUUUAUUUGCAUCUACGUUUUUGGGGUUCGCUUGGUCUUGGGGUCCUCUUGGAUGGUUGGUUCCUAGUGAGAUAUUUCCACUUGAGAUCAGAUCUCCCGGGCAGAGUAUCAGUGUUUCUGUCAACAUGUUGUUCACCUUUAUCAUUGCUCAAGCCUUCCUCGCUUUGCUCUGCCAUUUCAAAUUCGCUCUCUUCUACUUCUGCAGAUGGCUUGUGAUCAUGACCACCUUCAUUGCCCUUUUCCUUCCCGAGACCAAAAAUGUGCCCAUUGAAGAGAUGAUCCUCGUCUGGAAGAGCCACUGGUUUUGGAGCAGAUUCAUUUCAGACAAUGACAUUCGUGUAGUGGAUGGAUCGUCGUACUUGGGGCUUCCCUUGUCCUUCAACAUCACGACACUGAUAUGGAUCGAGGUGCUGGUGAUCGGGUACACCGAGUUCCAGAGUAACGCGGAGCUCGACGUGGAGAAGAGGCUGUACUCGGGCGGGGCAUACUUCGAUCCGCUGGGGCUGGCGGUGGACCUGGAGAACGAGGCAACAGUGCAGCUGGCAGAGAUCAAGCAUCGCCACCUCACCAUGGUGUCGUUCUUGGGCUUCAUGCAGGCGACGACCACUAGAAAGGGGUCGCUGAAUAACAGGGCCACGCAUCUCAGCGACCCACUUCACACAACCAUCAUCGACACCUCCUUCUCUAAACCUCAUUAG